AUGGUUCGUGAGAGAGGCGAAAGUUUACACAACGAGAAGAAGCAUAGAAAAUGGAUCAACCGGGAUCGAGAGGCGGAAAAUGAACUUUUGGUACAUGAUUAUUUUUACCCUGAUAGUUUAUAUGAUCUUUCGGAAUUUGAAGAACGUUUUCGUAUUAGUAGAAAUUUAUUCUUACGUAUAGCUAGAGAUUUGGAACGUAAUUAUGAGUUUUUCCAAUUAAGAUGGGAUGCUAGAGGUAAACGUAAUUUUACUACAAUACAAAAAUAUACGACCGCUCUUAGACAAUUGGGACAUGGCAUAGAUGUAGACACCUCUGAUGAGUAUUUGAAAAUGUCUGAGAGGACGUGUCGAGACUGUACAUAUCUUUUCUGUGAGUAUGUUAUAGAGCUUUACCGUGAAAUAUACUUGCAACAUCCGACUAAAAGUGAUGUUGAACAGUUCUAUAUCGCACAUCAAGCUAAACAUGGUUUUCCAUGGAUGAUUGAGACGGUUGUUUCACAUUACCUAUGGUUUUGGCAUGCAUUCUUUGGUAUGGCGGGGUCCAACAAUGACCUGAAUGUGCUUCAAGCGUUUCCGUUAUUUAACAAUAGUUUGCAGGGUAAAACACCAUACAUGUCAUACGUUGUGAAUGGAAAUGAAUAUAAGUAUGGGUAUUACCUAGGUGAUGUGAUAUAUCCAGAGUAUGCUAUAAUUGUCAAGUCAUAUUCAUUUCUAGCCGAUGAAAAACGAAAAUUGUUCAAGUUAGCACAGGAAUCUGCACGGAAGGAUGUGGAACGAGCGUUUGUAGUUCUAAAACAAAAGUGA